AUGUUUCACUCACAGUGCAAUCAAACAACAAUGUCAGACUUAGGUAGAAGAGAUAUCGGUGACAAACUUGAAAGCAAAGUCAAACCAGACUCCCAAAAAACCCUUUUUGAACAAACCAAGGACAAGAUUGCCAAUGCUGCUGAUGAUUUAGCUGGUAAAGGUACUUCAGAGAAUGACAAAUCCAUUCCGCAAAAGGCUUCCGAUACCGUUUUUGGUAGCAAGUGA